GUGUUUGGAGCUCUGCGCUGCGGAGUGACGCCCAGCCUUGAUGCAUGCCUCGUACAUUGGCCGACGGGUCAGCCGCUCUUAUAAUUCCGAUUGGUUGAGGUUGGCGCGAAGGUGCACAGCGCCGAGACACGGGGGAGGCGGGAAACAAUAGCUAGAGAGCAAGCCGUCAUACCGGUAACCGGUGGGAGGAGAAACCUGCGGCGGAACAGCCCGAUAUAACCAGUGUCACUAGAGACGGAACCUUGGGUGUCCAGGGGUCAGAACCAUACGGUAUCACCAUUAGACACCGGGAGACCUCGGGUGCCAUGGCAGACAAGGAGGCUGCAUUCGAUGAUGCGGUGGAGGAACGUGUUAUAAAUGAAGAAUACAAAAUUUGGAAGAAGAACACGCCGUUUCUUUAUGACCUGGUAAUGACCCAUGCGUUGGAGUGGCCUAGUCUUACUGCUCAAUGGCUUCCAGAUGUCACUCGGCCUGAAGGGAAGGAUUUUAGUAUCCACCGCCUUGUUCUUGGUACACACACAUCUGAUGAACAAAAUCACCUUGUGAUUGCUAGUGUGCAACUUCCUAAUGACGAUGCUCAAUUUGAUGCUUCUCACUAUGAUAGUGAGAAAGGAGAGUUUGGUGGGUUUGGAUCCGUAAGUGGAAAAAUAGAAAUUGAGAUCAAAAUUAACCAUGAAGGUGAAGUGAACAGAGCACGAUAUAUGCCUCAGAACCCAUGCAUCAUUGCUACUAAAACUCCUUCCAGUGAUGUCCUUGUGUUUGAUUACACUAAACACCCAUCCAAACCAGACCCCUCAGGUGAGUGUAAUCCAGACCUCAGACUCCGAGGCCACCAAAAAGAAGGCUAUGGCUUAUCUUGGAACCCUAACCUCAGUGGGAAUCUGCUGAGUGCGUCAGAUGACCAUACUAUUUGCCUGUGGGAUAUCAGUGCAGUUCCUAAGGAGGGCAAAGUUGUAGAUGCGAAGACUAUCUUCACUGGACACACUGCAGUAGUGGAAGAUGUAUCUUGGCACUUACUACAUGAAUCUCUCUUUGGAUCGGUUGCAGAUGAUCAGAAGCUUAUGAUCUGGGACACACGUUCAAAUAACACAUCAAAACCCAGUCACUCGGUGGAUGCUCACACAGCUGAAGUGAACUGCCUUUCUUUCAACCCCUACAGUGAGUUCAUCUUGGCCACAGGGUCAGCAGACAAGACCGUUGCUUUGUGGGAUCUGCGCAAUCUCAAACUCAAGUUACAUUCGUUUGAAUCUCACAAAGAUGAAAUUUUCCAGGUCCAAUGGUCUCCCCACAAUGAGACUAUUUUGGCAUCCAGUGGAACAGACCGAAGGCUAAAUGUUUGGGAUUUAAGUAAAAUUGGUGAAGAACAGUCCCCUGAGGAUGCAGAAGAUGGACCACCUGAACUAUUGUUCAUUCAUGGGGGGCAUACAGCAAAGAUUUCUGACUUCUCGUGGAAUCCAAAUGAGCCUUGGGUGAUCUGUUCUGUGUCUGAAGACAAUAUAAUGCAAGUUUGGCAAAUGGCGGAGAAUAUUUACAAUGAUGAAGAUACAGAGGGCAGUGUAGACCCAGAAGGACAGGGAUCAUAGAUGCAGCUUCGUGUGGUGAAACUGUUCUUCACAUCUCCUCCAGUGUGUGUCUUCUGCAAUCCAGCAUUUGGAGUUUGACUUCUGUUUCACAUGAAACAAGCUUUGGCUCUUCCUCUACUCCUACUGUCCUCCCCCCAUUUAUCUCGCUUUUAUUGGUUCUUUUUUUUAGUAAGAAAUUCCUUUUGUUUUAUUUAUAAAUAUUUUUUAAAAAUGUCCAUUUAACUACGUGUCGGCUGACGAGACGUUUUUAGAAAGCAAGGAGGGGGAGAAACUGCCUGCUUGUUUCUGACUCUAAGGCCUGGUGCCCCUGUGUCUACCAUUUCCACCUCAUACCUAAAGGACAUCCAGGAACAGACACAUUGUAAUGCAAACAUUCCCCAUUCUGCCCGCUGGAACAGAACAGCACAACACAAUUUUUGUACAUGAUAUGUGGACAAUUUGUUUCUCUUCUCUUCACUUUUUGUUUUUUAUUUUUUUUAAACUUUGUGAAUCCUAUUUCUAAUAUAGAAUUCUCCCUUGUGUAGUUGUGCUUUACAAGCCUGUGGUUUUUGGGUGGCAGUAGUAGCCCUUUUUUUCAAGGUGCAGAUCUGACUCUCAAUUUCCCACCUCCUGUAUGUGAGCACCUCACAUGAAAUAAACAGAUUGAUUUCUUGUUUUUU